AGCAGAGCAUGAUGGUCUUGCGGCGCCUGAAUACCUAACCGGCAGCCCUGGAGCCAAAGAUUGCCCAGAGAGCGCAGAAUACAUUAUGGCAACCGUCCCGUCUGGAGAAAUGCUGUCUCUUUCAACGUGCACUCAAAACCAAGUGCUGGCGUUUGCGCGGAGUGAACGGGGCCGGUGUUUAUUGGACUCUGAUUCACGGGCAAUGCUUCCUCUUACGGAAACACGUUUACGAAGACCAUUGGAUGAUCCUGCAAAGUGCUGCAAGAAGAAAUAUAUGGAAGCCAAAGAAGUAGAAUUUGUAGCGAAUUAUAGUGAACAAUUCAAUAUCGAGAAAUGUAUAUUAGUGUGUGCGACCACAGACAGCGAUGGCGGCAAGUCCUAUAAUAUGUUUCCUGCUCCAGAUUACAUCUUUUGCGGGAUGGCUGCAGAAACACCACAGGCUUGCAUCAGCGGCAUCUGCCGAGAAGUUCCAGCAGCACCAAAGCACAUUCAUAAGUUGUGGAAGGCCACUGUAAAUUAGCAGUACGAAUUGAGGUCCGCUCUACAUAAUAAGUGACAUUUCGGCUUCCAUGAUCGUGGAGAUUCGUUGCGCCGAAAUGAUUCCAAAUGUAAAUCCCCAUGGUGGGUCUUUCGCAGAAUGCGGUACUUUUUUUUAGUGAAAUUGCAAAAUAAGUCAUAUGCAUU